AUGCAAUACCCACUAUCAAAGACUACGCCUCCAGUACCCCGUGUACCAGGAAGAUUUUCUCUUUUUGCCUGGGACCGGGCGAGCAUAGAGGAGGCGGCUGCCAUGAAAAUGGCGAGAGAUGCUGGGAUGUCUGUUCCUAAGGUUAUAUCUUGUAGGCAACACUUUGUAUCUUUUGGGAAUAUUGGUGGACUACAGAUGUUUUCGAUUUUGAUGACGAGGUUGCCUGGGAUUUGUUUUAUUAAUUUCGAUGAUACAUUGAACGCUGACGAUGAGGAACCAUGGCUGGAAAAGCUAAAGGAGUGUGUACAUGUUAUGCGUCAAUGGUCUCCACCAGACGAGAACUCUAUAUGCUCACCAAUUCAUUCCCACAGACUCACAUUAACCCAUGGAGAUUUCAAGGCCCACAAUAUCAUAAUUGGUGAUGAUGGGUAUCUAUCUGGAUUUCUUGAUUGGGAAUCAAUGCGAUUUGGUCUAAACAGUUGGUGGUAUCAUGUAGCUUCUUGGAUGGGAGGAGAUCACUAUCUUGAGGAACUUGCUUAUGAUAGAGAUUUAAAUUUGCUGACGAUCGACUCUUACAUAGCAUUUUGA